GACUGAGAAGAUCGAGAGGUUUCCCCCAUCCGACCCGCCAGACCCCGCAGACCGCUCUUUUCUCUGCGAGAUCGAGUUUCCGGUCCUCGUCCUCUCGCUUAGCAGUUUGACCGAGGGUCUCAGAGUUACCCAUGCUAGCCUCAAUUUGAAAUCCUCUUGCCUCAGCCUCCAGGUAGCUGGGACUACAGUUUCGUCUCUACUUUGCUUGUUCUUCACACAGUUGGUGCUCAUGAGGAAAAAAGCUAAUGUUGCAAACAAUGUGAGAGGAUCCAAGCCAGGUAAGAAUGUCCAGCUACAGGAGAACGAAAUCAGAGGACUAUGCUUAAAGUCUCGUGAGAUUUUUCUCAGUCAGCCUAUCCUACUAGAACUUGAAGCACCACUCAAAAUAUGUGGUGAUAUCCACGGACAGUACUACGAUUUGCUUCGGCUUUUUGAAUAUGGUGGUUUCCCACCAGAAAGCAACUAUCUUUUUCUUGGGGACUAUGUGGACAGGGGGAAGCAGUCCUUGGAGACUAUCUGCCUUUUACUGGCCUACAAAAUCAAAUAUCCAGAGAAUUUUUUUCUUCUCAGAGGGAACCACGAAUGUGCCAGCAUCAAUAGAAUUUAUGGAUUUUAUGAUGAAUGUAAAAGAAGAUACAACAUUAAACUAUGGAAAACUUUUACAGACUGUUUUAACUGUUUACCAAUAGCAGCCAUCGUGGAUGAGAAAAUAUUCUGCUGUCAUGGAGGUUUAUCACCAGAUCUUCAAUCUAUGGAGCAGAUUCGGCGAAUUAUGCGACCAACUGAUGUACCAGAUCAAGGUCUUCUUUGUGAUCUUUUGUGGUCUGACCCCGAUAAAGAUGUCUUAGGCUGGGGUGAAAAUGACAGAGGAGUGUCCUUCACAUUUGGUGCAGAAGUGGUUGCAAAAUUUCUCCAUAAGCAUGAUUUGGAUCUUAUAUGUAGAGCCCAUCAGGUGGUUGAAGAUGGAUAUGAAUUUUUUGCAAAGAGGCAGUUGGUCACUCUGUUUUCAGCACCCAAUUAUUGUGGAGAGUUUGACAAUGCAGGUGCCAUGAUGAGUGUGGAUGAAACAUUAAUGUGCUCCUUUCAGAUUUUAAAGCCUGCAGAGAAAAAGAAGCCGAAUGCCACAAGACCUGUAACACCUCCAAGGGUUGGACCAGGCCUGAACCCGUCCAUUCAGAAAGCUUCAAAUUAUAGAAACAAUACUGUUCUGUAUGAGUGACUGAUUUUGCUUUCUUUAUUCUGCGGUGAAGUUGAGGCUUGUAAGUCAAAA